GACGUCAUUGGUCACGUGGCUUUGAUAGAACGAAUCAAGCUCCGAAGCUUCGCCGUAAAUCGUUCCAAUUUUUGGACACACUCCUCAGAACUUUGGUGUCACGGAAUAACAUCAGUCGGCACGUUAGUUAUCUGUGGACAGUCCGUGAGUGACUUCGUUAAACAGUCAUGCUACAAUUCCUGGCUGGCUUGACUCUGGGGAAUUUUGUGGGGAUGUACCUCGCUCAAAACUAUGACGUCCCCAACAUCUCAAAGAAAAUCGAAGCUUUUAAGAAAGACGUGGAGGCCAAGAAGAAGCCUCCAGAGUGAGCAGAGCGGCACCAUGUUGCAACCAAGAACAGAUCGACUCUGCAGAGAAACUAUUUGACAGGGUUUUGAUAUAACGUAAGGCGUGAUCAUGUAUAUGUAUGGGAAUAUUAACAGUGCCUGGAAAAUGAUUUGCAUCUUCUCUUAGUUAUAUAGGCGUGUUCUCAUUGUAGCCUAUUUUUGUAAUAUAAAUUGUGCAAAGACUGGAUUUAAAGAUCAUUAGAACUAACUUUUGGGAUCACUUCAUGCACAGUAUCUACCAUGGCACCGUUGGCUGCCUUAUCUAUAAUGCACUAUGGUGUUUUAUCUUACAUCGCAUUCAUCAUCUCCAUGUUAGUUGAACAUAAUGUUCUAUAGGGUAAAUAUUAAACAAGUGUGUACUUUC